GUAAAUCUCAUUACAUAUAUACUGAUCUACCAAACGUACGUAAUAUUUCGCAUUCACAACUUCAGAUUCAUUCAAGCAUAAACAUAGUAAUGGCUUUUAACGAUGUUAUAACUGAUAGUUUAUUUUUACAUAUACUCGGGAUCAUCACGGCGAUGGCACUGGUAGUCGAAGCUUUGAAUAAGUUGUACAAGUUCUGCGCCAUAUACUUCUUUGAUUCGCCCGUGGAUUUAGUAAAAUUUGGAAAAUGGGCGAUUAUUACAGGAUCAACGGAUGAAAUUGGGAAAGCAAUAGCGCACGAGCUCGCAAACCGGGGAAUCAAUAUUUUUCUCAUCAGCAGGAAUUUGGAAAAAUUAUCAAAGGUUGCAGCCGAAGUUGAACGUGCUUACAAUGUUGAGACAAAGAUAUUAGUGUUCGACUUCACCAACUUUGAUCAUUCACUAGGCUCUGGUGAUCCAUAUAACGUAAUAUCAGAAGCAAUGAAAGAUUUAGAUGUUGGAAUUAUGGUUAAUAACGUUGGUAUGGCUGCAGGAGGUGCAAAUGUAUUUCAUAAAUCUCAAAAAUCUGGCGAAGAUCAAUCGAAAUCAGUAUCUAAUGUGAUACACUGCAACGCAUCAUCCAGAGUUAAAAUGAUGGAACUUGUUCUUUCCAGUAUGAUCACCAGAAAAAAAGGUUUGAUUAUUAACAUCUCUUCUAUGUCGGCUGCUCUUGUCAGUCCCAUUAUCACAACAUAUGCAGCAACAAAGCGCUUCGAUGAUACCUUGUCGGUUUCUCUUGCGCAGGAAUGCAAAAAACAUGGCAUCAUUAUCCAAAGUAUUCAACCAGGAUUUGUGCUAACUAAUAUGACUGAACCUUUAGGGUCAUCUGCAAAUUUAUUUUUUCCCACGGCGACAACAUACGUCCAUCAUAUGAUUAGAACUAUUGGAAAGUCCGAUUGGACGAAUGGCUACUGGCCGCACACAAUUUCACGAUGGUUAAUCAUGCUUGUUCCAGAGCAUAUUACGUCACGCGCUAUCAUCAGAAAGACCAUGGAGCUUGUCGAAAAAAAUAGGAACAUGAAACCUAAAUUAUAACUUGGAUUGCUAAAAUAUUUAAACGUAAUAGGUAGAACGAUUUGAGUGUACUAUUUUUCUGUUAUUAUGCUCUGUUGUGUAUAUUUGAAACGAUUUUUUUCAACUGCAUGGUCGGUACACUCGUCACUCACUGUUAAAGGAAUGAGAUCUCACAGCCAACCGCAUCCGAAUGUGCGGCUGAGACAUUUCUAAAGAGUGAAAGAAAAAACAAU